AUGUCAACUGGAUCUGAAACGAAUGUUGUACCUCACAGACUAUGCCGACGGUGCGAUUAUGUCGUCGAAGAAUUGCGACCGAGCCUUUCGACCAAACUGGAGUCCGGGCACGACCGCCUGCUCUAUUACUAUCCAAACGUACAAACGUUCAUUAACAACAUACUGCGAGAUCGUUGUCAUCUUUGCGCAAUCCUAGCUGGCUGGCUUGUCAAAUCACAACGAGUGAACACAGUCGAGGAAGCCGUGGAAAACUUGGACAAGUAUUCUGACAAGGCUGCCACCCCACUUUACAUGAUCAUGAAAAACUCAUCGAUGGGAUCACGGGACGGUUGGCAAGAGUUCGAUCUUUUCGUAGGACACGACAAAGAUGGGCGCUCAUUGGAUGUGGUGUCACGUACGAUAUUGAACCACUUCAAGAGAGGUAUAGGGAAGACGGAUGUGGCACCAGAGGAGCUAUCGACCUUCACAGGAUCACACCUCAGCUAUGCAAGCAUCAAAAAAUGGUUGCAUAUCUGUUCUACGGAGCAUCCGGGAUGCCGCGGAAGUUUAAAGCGACGUGCACCAACAAGGUUAUUGGACCUUGGGAUGGAAAAAACUAAAGACGUCAGACUGGUUGCAGGGAGUACCAUCGGUCAAGCGUCAUAUGUGGCGCUAAGCUAUUGCUGGGGAACUGUGCCUCAAUUGAUGCUCUUGCUGGAGAGAUACUCGGAGUUUCAGACCCAAAUUCCGUUCGAGUCUCUCUCCAAAGUUGCGCAGGAUGCGACCGUUGUCUGCCGGAACAUGUCAGUGCGCUAUCUAUGGAUUGACGCUCUUUGCAUCAUACAAGGACCUGACGGAGAUUUUCAACAAGAAGCAGCGCGCAUGGAAGAUGUUUAUGCGAAUGCGUUGUUUACGAUAACGGCGGCAGCGUGUACAGACACAACGCAACCGUUUUUGCUACGCCGUAAUCCACUAUCGUGGAUUGACUGUCAAAUCUUUGAUAAUGAGAGUGGAGAAUAUUCAAGCUAUUUCGAAGGCAUCCCCUACUGUGACAGAGACGACAAUGUGCCUGGUGUCUUCGCUCUGGACUCCAGAGGUUGGUGCUUCCAGGAGCAGUUCCUUUCGCCAAGAUCACUUUACUUUGGCACAAAAGGUGUCCAUUGGGAAUGUCGUGAAUCACUGGUAUGUGAGCAUUUGCCCGAUAUGACAGUCCAACAUUUCGCAGAUGGGCCGAAUCCGUCUCGAAAGAAGCUAUAUACAAAGCUCGCAUCAUUAGACGAUUUAUCGGAUCCCGCAACAAACUACAAACUGCGGGAGACGUGGGGAGAAAUCAUACAACAGUAUUCAGAGACACGCUUGACCCACCGCUCAGACAAGCUAGUGGCACUAGCCGGUAUUGCUUCCAUAAUUGAGACCAAGUUCGACAUGAGAUCGUCUUUCGGACUGUGGUUGGAGAUGAUCAUUGACGAACUUCUAUGGUUCCGUUGCCUCGAUAAGGAUGCGACGGGCGUGCGACUUGACAUCGCGCCCACUUGGUCGUGGAUCAGCUUAGCCGACUGUAUCAUUAGUGGCGCCAAUACUUUGCAUGAUGGGGAGAUAGGCGAGGAACAUCGACUGGUUGAUGAAACGAAGCACCCAUUCGACUGA